AUGGUCUCAGGAUCCAUCUCAAAGAUGCUGUCUGGAAGCUUCAAUUUGAUGACACUUGAUUGGAGGUACAACAAGCUAUCUGGUGGUAUACCACGCUAUAUUGGCAAACUUAGAGACCUCAGGGUUCUUCUAUUUGGGGGAAAUGAAUUGCAUGGUCAUAUUCCUUUGCACUUAUGUCAGCUGCAGAAACUAACAAUUACGGAUCUUUCUCAAAAUAAAUUUUCUGGGCCACUACCUUCAUGCUUCAGCAACAUCUCUUUCGGCAGAGGACACUUUGCCGCAGAUGCAUUUCUUCCUCUUGACACGAUAGUCACUACAUUGGGAAACCCAAUAGGACUGGCAUCCUUGGAUCUUUCUUACAACAAUUUCAGUGGCGAAAUACCUUCAGAGCUGGCAUCCUUGAACUUCUUGUCCAUCUUCAAUGUGUCAUACAAUAACUUGUCUGGCAGAACACCUGAUACAGGGGAGUUUGCAAACUUUGACGACAGCAAUUAUAGAGGAAAUCCAGGUCUCUGUGGACCAUUGCUCAAGAGAAGUUGUAACCCCUUUGCUCCACACCCUGAAAAUGUUGGUGAUCAAGACAUAGAAGUUGAUGGUGCAAUUGAUGUGGCAGCAUUCCCUUGGAGCUUUUUUGCUUCAUAUAUGGUGAUCGUGAUUGCACUAGUCGUACUUCUUUUCGUUAGCCCUUAUUAUAGAAGAGCAUGUUACUCUAUUGGGAUUCUUCAAUUUGGAAAAAGGUCCAAUGAAUUUGCAAGUAUUGAAAGUGGAAAUCGAGAUCUCUGUGGACCAUUGAUCAAGAGAAGUUGUGACCCCAUUGCUUCACAACCCGUAAAUGUUGGUGGUCAAGACAAAGAAGUUGAUGGCGUAAUUGAUGUGGUAGCAUUCAUUUGGAGCUCUUUUGCUUCAUAUGUGGUGAUAGUAACUGCCUUGGCCAUAAUUCUUUGUAUUAGCCCUUAUCAUAGAAAAGCAUGGUCAUAUUAUAUUGAUUAUUGGAUUCUAUCAAGAUUCUAUGAGUAUUGCAGAUCUCAUUCCUACUGA